GUGAUGUUUUUAUCAGAUGUUUGGACUCUUAUUCUGACGGCACCCAUUCACAUCCAUUGCUCGUCUCAAACGUGCUCUGAUGGAGUCAGACUGUGAUUCACAGAGGUUGUGUGAUCGCUGGGGACGGUGUGAGGUGAUGAAGAGGCCGCGUGUCGUCCUCAGCGCUCAGGAGAGAGAAGCACUGAUAGCGGUGUAUCAGACAGAGCCGUAUCCGUCUCCACACACCAUCGAGAGACUCGCAACACAGCUAGACCUGCACUCCAGCACCGUCAGCAACUGGUUCUACAACUACAGGUCUAGAAUUAGAAGAGAUGGUUUUUCAGAACCAGUACAAACCAGAUUAUUUCAGAAUCCAGUCGGUUCUGGUCCGGUUUCAGCCGGUUCAUUUCGAAUCAAACAGGAGCCCAGUGAAGGAGAGAUGGACGCAGAUCUGCAGAGAGAAGAGCACAAUCACGUCUCUGUCGGCGUACAGUCCGUCUUGAGCCUGAAGAGCGAAAGAUGAAGAUCUUUCUGAGCUGUGAGGUCACUGAGGACUUUAUCUGAACAACAGUGUUGAAAAAUCUCAGGAACAUCACAAGAUCUUCUCCCUGCUUGAGCUCUAAAUUUGACCAUUACAUAAUGUCAGUCUUUUUUUUUCAGAU